GAAGAAACGAAGUGCCCACGCUGUCUAUCUUGUCUUUUCCUUUCUUCUCUCUGUUCCUUCUCUUUUCCUCCUCGACCGUUCACAAGAAGCACCCCAAGCUUUUAGGGUUAGGGUUUUUCUUUUGCCGCAAAACCCAAACUUCCAGGUCUGUUUCAUACCAGCAGGCCACGGACUUGGGUUCUUGGAGUACUCUUAAGGUUCCAGUUAUGGGUCGUCGCUCCUCUGUGGUCAAAUGGUACCAUCUUAAAAAAUCCCUGAAUCUUUUGUUUCUCAUUUGGUCGUUCUUCAGUGUUGCUUUGGGAUUGGAUUCGGAUCACUCGGCUCUUUUGGAGUUCAAGGCUUCAGUUUCGGAUCCACACGGAGUAUUGUCGAGCUGGAGCUUAAACAGUUCUGGUCACUGUUCGUGGGCCGGAAUCUCAUGUGCUUCCAAUUACCGGGUUGUUUCUUUGAACAUAAGCGGUGGAGGUAAUUCUGCUUCUUCAUCUUGUACUCAAGUUUCUCAGUUUCCACUCUAUGGCUUUGGGAUUAGAAGGGAUUGUUGGAAUAGUGAUGUGAAACUCGUGGGAAAACUGUCUUCGUCUCUAGCUAAACUCACUGAACUAAGCGUCUUGUCGCUUCCUUUUAAUGAAUUAAGUGGCGAGAUUCCUAAAGAGAUUUGGGCUAUGGAGAAUCUUGAAGUUUUGGAUCUGGAAGGAAAUUUAAUUACCGGAUCUCUCCCUAAUGAGCUUAAAGGCUCAAAGAAACUGAGGGUUCUCAAUCUGGGUUUUAAUAAGUUAACAGGAGAGAUCCCAAAUUCGUUCAGAAAUUGUGUCGGGCUGCAAGUCUUGAAUUUGGCUGGAAAUCAAGUUAACGGGACUGUUCCUCGUUUCAUUGGUGAAUUUAGGAACCUGAGUGGUUUAUUCUUAUCUUUCAAUGGACUUAGUGGACCUAUCCCUAGUGAGAUUGGGCAGAACUGUGGAAACCUCGAGUAUUUUGAGCUGGCAGGUAAUUUGUUAACAGAAGCUAUUCCAAGAAGUUUGGGUAAUUGCACACAGUUAAAGUCGAUACUACUCUAUUCAAACAUGUUCGAAGAGAGCAUACCUGUUGAAUUCGGUCAACUGAAUCAACUUCAAGUGUUGGACGUGUCGAGAAACAGCCUUAGUGGAUUCAUUCCAUCUCAGCUGGCAAAUUGCACAAAGUUAUCCAUAAUCGUGUUGUCGAACUUGUGGGAUCCACUUAUUAAUACUUCUUACUCUGCAGGCAGUUCCUCAACCUCAAAAUCUGCAGCCAAUAGUGAUGAAUACAAUUUUUAUGAGGGAAUGAUUCCAGAUGAAAUUGUCAGACUGCCCGGUUUGCAGAUGAUAUGGGCUCCUAGGGCAACAAUGGAAGGCAGCUUUCCCAGAAACUGGAGUAAAUGUAACACCCUAGAGAUGGUGAACCUGGGUCAGAAUUACUACACAGGAGAUAUCUCGGGGGUAUUUAGUAACUGCAGGAAUUUAUAUUUCCUGGACUUGAGCCUGAACAGGCUUACUGGCGAGCUUGUUGAAGAACUUCCAGUUCCUUGCAUGAAUGUGUUUGAUGUGAGCGGGAAUUUUCUUACAGGUUCUCUUCCAGCAUUCAGUAAUAACAGAACAUGUUAUCAUCUUACAAGUGUGAAAAGAGAUUCAUUUUCAGCUUACCUUUCAUUCUUUACCCAUAGAGCUAUGGUUGAAGCCAGUACAACAUUGUUUGGAGAUGGUUUUGGUCCUGCUGUGGUUCAUAACUUCAAUGGCAACAACUUUACCGGCCAACUGACGUUUUUGCCCAUAGAACGUGAAGCAUUUUUAGGAAAACCCAUACCUGUUUAUGCAUUUCUUGCUGGUAGUAAUGGGUUGACAGGGGCUUUUCCUGGAAGUAUCAUGGAUCAGUGUCGACAUAUGAGAAGUUUGAUUGUAAACGUGAGCAACAAUGGGUUGUCUGGUUGGAUCCCAGCGGAUAUUGGCUCUAGUUGCAGGUGUCUCCAGCUUUUUGAUGUCUCUAAGAAUCGGAUUUCUGGAUCCAUUCCUCCAAGUAUAGGGAAUUUGGUUUCUCUCAUUUCUCUUAAUUUGAGUUGGAAUAUAUUGCAAGGAGAAAUUCCCAGCACUUUUGGGAUGAUGAAGAAUCUCAAGUAUCUCUCUUUAGCUGGCAAUGAUUUGAAUGGGUCCAUCCCAGUGAGCUUGGAUCAGUUGAAGUCAUUGGAAGUGCUUGAUCUUUCCUCAAAUUCUUUGUCAGGCAGGAUUCCAAAAGAUUUGGUGAAUUUAAGGAACUUGGAUGUCCUCCUCCUCAACAACAACCAGCUGUCAGGUGAGAUCCCAUCUGGAUUUGUAAAUGUGACCACACUAGGUGCAUUUAACGUGUCUUUUAAUAACUUGUCUGGUCCGCUACCCCCUAAUGCCAAUUUUACGAAGUGCAAUAGUGUUCUUGGGAACCCUCAUCUCCAACCAUGCCAUAUCUUCUCUCCAUUACCAUCCACAAAUCAGCUAGGGGUAUUAGGGGAUUCACAAAACGCUCCAGUACUUCCUCCAACAAGUUUGAAUGAAAAAAGAGGCAAUGGAGGGUUGAAUUCGAUAGAGAUUGCAUCUAUAGCAUCAGCAUCAGCUAUCCUGUUGGUUCUCAUUGGUCUCAUCAUCAUCUUCAUUUACACCAGAAAGUUGAAUCCGAUAUCCAGAGUCGCCGGAUCUAUACGAAGGGAAGUCACAGUCUUCACGGAAAUUGGAGUCCCUUUGACAUACGAAGAUGUUGUACACGCCACCGGAAAUUUUAAUGCUGGAAAUUGCAUUGGCAAUGGUGGAUUUGGAGCAACGUACAAGGCUCAGAUCUCACCAGGAGUCUUAGUUGCUGUAAAACGGCUUUCCGUGGGACGUUUCCAAGGCUUUCAACAAUUUGAUGCAGAAAUAAAAACCUUGGGGAGGCUUCGGCAUCCGAAUCUCGUGACUUUGAUAGGAUAUCAUGCCAGCGAAGCGGAGAUGUUUCUUAUAUAUAAUUAUUUACCAGGGGGUAAUUUGGAAAAGUUCAUCCAGGAAAGGUCAACGCGGGCCGCUGACUGGAGAGUACUUCACAAGAUUGCUCUAGACAUAGCCCGGGCACUUGCCUACUUACACGAUCAAUGUGUGCCUCGUGUUCUUCACCGUGAUGUCAAGCCUAGCAAUAUCCUUUUAGACGAGGACUACAAUGCAUAUUUAUCCGAUUUUGGACUGGCAAGGCUUUUGGGGACUUCAGAAACUCACGCAACUACCGGUGUGGCGGGAACUUUUGGAUACGUGGCCCCAGAAUAUGCAAUGACCUGUCGUGUCUCUGACAAGGCUGAUGUGUACAGUUACGGGGUCGUUUUGCUUGAGUUGAUUUCCGAUAAGAAGGCUCUGGAUCCCUCGUUUUCCUCGUAUGGAAAUGGAUUUAACAUUGUUGGCUGGGCAUGCAUGCUUUUGAGGCAAGGACGAGCUAAGGAGUUCUUCACGGCCGGUUUGUGGGAUUCAGGCCCACGUGAUGAUCUGGUGGAGGUGUUACAUUUGGCAGUUGUCUGCACCGUGGAGUCUCUGUCAACUAGGCCCACAAUGAAGCAAGUUGUUAGACGGCUAAAGCAACUUCAACCUCCAUCUUGUUAAGAGGUGACUAACAUUGUGUUGAUGUCAUGUAAAGGUAAAAGAAAGUGUAACUGUAUUUUUAAAUUUUAACCCAUCAGCACUUUGACAAAGUAGCCCCUCCCCUCCCUUGAGAAAUCUAUGCAGUUUUUUUCCAAUAGGUUCCAUCUUUUUGAGUUUGUUUGUAAUUGGUAGCUUUCAUUGUAAAUUUAGUAUAGCUUUGCCCCAUUUUUAUGUCAUCAUGUGCCUGCCUUAUUAGAGAUUGUAUUCCUGGAUGCAUCUGCAGAAUGCAGAUUAUUAUCUCUAACAAUGUAUACAUGUAUGUAACCCAUUUAUGUUGUCCUGUGCUCAAUAAAAUAAAA